GAGAUGUGGUCCAGGAGCUCUUCAUCCAUGGUUAUCGUUGGCGCAUUGAUCUGCAAGAUCUUUUCCUGCCAAGGCUGCAGCAGUCUGAAGAUGGCGAAUUGAUCAUAUGCACAAAAGCCCUCCAAGCGAAUCACCAAGCUUUGCUCUCCAUUCUUGACGAGUACGGUUUGCAGAGCCAACCUGUUGAAGUUCUAACCAAACAGGUUGGGGCCUUGCAUGAUGAACUUGGAUACGUCCCGGAGGGAAGGGAAAACUACUGCGACGAGGGCGUGAAGAAGUUGUUCGAGAAGAUUGCGGAGUUGAAAGAGACCGCUCCUCCUACCCGUUCGAAAUCAAAGGGUGGGUGGGAAGAUGUUGCGGAGGAUUCCCCGCCCAAAGGUGACAAGAAGAUCAAGAAGGUAGUUGAGGCUGACUAUGAUGAUGAUGAGAUGGAUGAUGAACCACCAUGCAAGUCCAAGAAGGUUUCGCCAAAGAAGAAACAGAAGGUCACCAAGGUUUCGCCAACAAAGAAAUGCACCCCCGAGAAGGUCACCAAGGCUUCCCCUAUGAAGGUUUCGCCUAGCAAGUCUCCUACGCCAACACCAUCCCCGAAGAAGGUCAUCAAGGACAAGCUGAAGCAAAAGGCCACAGAGAAAGGUAACAAAGCCAAGGCCAAAGGUCGCAACUCUCCACCCAAAUCACCACCAAAUCCAAAGUCUUUGCCCAAGGAGGAGACCCCAAUGAAGCCUACCAAGAAGUAUGAUGCAGGUUUGAUUUCAAGUGACAGUGGGAAGAAAUCGUCGAGUUCGGGGCGAGAUCCCAAGACCAAGUCCAAAACGUCGCAGUCGCGUGGUGAAGGUGAAGUUGUCGACUUGGUGGAUGAUUCACCUGAGAAGAUCAAGGCGGAUAUUCUGCCGGCAUUCCCUCCUGGGGUCAAUCCGGAUGAGGUUGAUACAUUGCCUUUGGAUAUGGAUGGCCAUGGUGGUGGCCAUGGUGGUGAUGGGAAUGCCGACCGUUCCGUGCAUGCUAUGCCCGACAAGGAGGACCCUGAUGAAUCUGGCAAUGAUGGUGUGACGCCAGCUGAGCAAGCUGAUCUGAGGGCUUCAACUCGUGGUUCCCGUACUGGGAAAAGGGGGCGUCCCAAAAAGAACCCCGAUUCCAAGUAUGCUUCCAAGAAAUCCCCCAAGGCCAAGGCAAAGCCGAAGCCGGCCAUGAAAGCAAAAACCAGUAUGAAGGCCAUGAAAUCCCAGCCACGCCAGCCCAAGAGCACGGCUCCCAAAAGGAAGCCUCGUGCAUCGAAGAAGCCAGCCGUUGAUGACCAGACUGAUGACAAGCCUCAGCCAGAUGGCGAGGGGAUUGGAUCAGGCUUCUGCUAUCCUGAUGAGCAAUGCUUGGAGGCUCCGGCAUCUGGGCCCCAAGCGGAAAAGUCCAGGAGGCAGCAUUUUAUCCGGCGGCUACUGGAACUUCGUGUUUUGCUACUGUGCCUCCUGAUCCUCUUCUAUACUCGCAACGUGCAGCUCGAUGAGGCCGGUUCUGGUGUGGUCUGGGAUGCUCUGGAGAUUUGUUGUGGCGAGGCACUCUUGAGCCGUUGCUUGAGGCUCCUCAUGCUCAGUGUACUCCGUUGCAAGAAGAAGGUCAUCGUCCACUUCGGGCUGCCUUGUUCGUCGUGGGUGCUGCUGUCACGGUCAGUAUGGCGUGUCUCUUUUUGGAUGAGGCUCCUGGGGUCCAAAUAUCCUAAGAGGCAAUACCCGUUGGGCUUUGGAUUGCGUUAUCUACGCUUGUUCUCUAGCCUGAAGAAGGACCUCCCGGCACUGAAGAACCCAGCUGAGGCUGCCCAACAAUUGCGGGAGCGAUUGGAGAUCCAGCUUGAGCAGACUCAGGCCAAGGAAAAGGAGUUGGAGAAGGAGAAGGAAUCAGAGAAUGCAGUGACUUCUGUUGCCCUUAUGCAUUCAGAGGCGGUUACUGCGGAGGGUGGGGGUGACAAACCUGUGGAAACCCAACCUGCAGACCUUCCAACACAUGAAGUCCCUGUGCUUUCCAUGGCUGAGUCUUUUGAGCCAGAAUACCCUGACAACCAACAAGGCUUGUACCCUGAGUCACAACACUGUUUGGAUGAUGAGAGUUCAAGGCCUGUGUCGACUCCAGUGCGUGCCAAAACACGAGCAUUGGCUAGAGAGACGCCGGAACAGAAGAGCUACAUGAGAAGCCGUGAUGUCAGAGAACCCUUGACCCCAACCGAGUUAGAGUCACCUUCACCUCUCCGGGUGGACGAUUACCUAGUGCCAACGCCGAGCCCCCAGGGUGCUGAUUCUCUCCAGGAGUACUUCACAUCACUGGCCUCGGCCAUGUCAUCUGUCGGUAUUGGUGAUGAAGCCGGCAAGGUUGAACCUGAGCCGGCCCAGGCGCCAGCUGAGUUGCCAGUCCCACCACCCGUGGUUCCCACAGAGCCACCCGCAGUUCCAACGGAGCCACCCUCAACACCGGCCCCAAAGGUGGUGGUGCCCGCAGCAGCCCCGGUGCAGUCGGGGGGAACACCCGGGGAUGCAGUGAUGGAGACACCAGGUGGCUCCACUGGUCCAGGGGAUGCCCGGUCUGUCAAGCUCAUCGGUGGAAAAAACAAGAGGGAAAUCUCGGAUAAGGCCGCAGAACAGGCAAUCCGUCGAUUGUGCAAAGUUGGCAAGAGGGGCCAGCGUAAGGACAUGUUCAAGCGCUCAGCCGACAUGCGGAUCCAACAGCGCCGCCAGAGGAAGAGAGUCAAGGCGAUCAUGACCUACUGCGAGGACAAGAAAAGACGGGCCACGCAUGUCAGGAAAGACAAGUACGAAAACAUCAGCAAGUACUUGGUGGAGACUGAAGACACUGUUGAGUACAACCGGGAGCACAAUGAACUAGUGGAACACCGCUUGGAGUUUGAAGUCUCUGGUCCCAGCUCCGCUGCUUUCCCAACCGUGCCUGAAGGUCUUGGUCCCAUCUCGGAGUCAUCUCGUCCCAGCAAUCCUGUCACGGCUGAUGCUGAGGAAUCGGACGACUCUGAUGACGGCAUGAUGGCUGAGGAAACCAGCGAUUCUUCAGACGAAGAUGGUGAUGCCAAGAGCAAAGCUACUUCCAAAUCAGUGAGCAAGGGUGCUUCCCAAUCAGUGAAACGCAAGUCCAGUUCAGCCAAUGGGGAAGCCAAGAAGACAAAGACCGAUCGACAUGUUGAUGAGAUUCCAGAGGACAUCUAUAACACGGAUGAAGUGUUGUCCCAGAUCUUGAAAUCCAGUGUGAAAAUGGACGGUUUGUUGGACAAGCUCAGCAAACUGGAAACAACUGAAGCUGCCGAGAUGGUCAAGUCCAUCGAAAACCAGAAGAAGACCCUCUUCACCUUGCAUGACGAGAUCGCCACGUUCAAAGCGGAGUAUGAUGCUGACAAGGAGAUCAGUCCAGAGUGCAGCCGCGCCGCAAUGGAACACAAGAAGCUGACCCGGACAGAGGGAAUGGGUACUCGCAGGGAGUUUAAGGAUAUUCAAAAGACUAUCCUCAAAAAGCAGCCUGAGGCCAAGCCUAAGCCCAAAGCUGGCAGCAAGGCAAAGUCCAAGCCGGCUAAGAAGGAUCACACGUAUGAGGAAGGUGAGGAAGAAGAGGAGGAAGAGGAGCAGGAUUGGGAAGAUGAGGACGAAGAACCUCCCCCUUCCAAAAAAAAGGCGUCAAAGAUGCCUGCCGCGGAGGCAAAGUCCAAGUCGGGUGAUGAUGCCGGCGGCAUCGCUAAGAAGCCCCGCGCUGGCACUGCCGGGCCAGUUGGCAAGGCAUUGGCGGAGGCCGUGUCGAAAGGAGUUGAUCUUGGAGGCCGUCGGACAUCUCUAUACGUGGCUUUGCUGGGGGUGAAGGGCGACUGGCCCGCAUUGACGAAGCUGGGUGGAUUGACAAGGCACCACGGCCGAGCAGCCCGCACUGAAGAAAUGCCUUGGCUCAGACCGAGCUCCCUGAGCAGGAAAGUUCCCCAGAGCCCAUCGAAGCGGGAACAGUUCUACAAGAUUGACACGGGAUGGUUCAAGGGUGCUGACACCACGACUUUGACAUACUUUUUGGAGCACCGCUUCGCCAAGAUCCUUGAAGAUGAUCCAGGACAGGAGCAUGCCAUCUACACCGAAUCGAUUCUGGUAUGCCUGCGGGCCUCGAGCAAAUUUUUCAAGACCCUUUACAGGGCUUCACUUUGGCUCACUAAUGAUGAGCGGGAUGUUGUGAUCGACUCCUUGCGAGAUUUGCUCGCAAACUUCAAGAAGGCGGCUGGGUACAGUUUCAAGGUUUUGAAGCUGACCCGAUUCAAAUUCCAGCCUAAGUAUCAUAUGCUGUCUGAAGUCCGAUUCGAACUGAUGCGCGACAGACAGCUUGGCGUGGAGUCAUUGUCCCCAUUGGCAUUCAGUUGCCAGAUGGACGAGGAUUUUGUUGGCAGACUGGCUCAGAUGAGCAGACAGGUCGCAUCGAAAACGGUGCAGGUGAAGACGCUGCAACGAUACAAAAUCGCUGUGGCCAGUGUGUGGUAA